AUGCCUGACUACUUUAUGCCCAUUCAGACAAUCGAUCUUAAUACACAACACAUGCUGUUUAAAAUUAACACCAUUGAACCGGGUCGUAAAUAUUUCUGGUGUUCAUGUGGUCUCAGUUUAAAACAACCAUGGUGUGAUGGAUCACACAAACCAACUCAAUUUAAACCUAUUCAAUGGAUUGCUCCAUCGAAUGUCAAUACCGGCGGCAGUGUUUACGCAUUCUGUCAGUGUAAACAAACAAAAACUGCCCCAUUAUGCGAUGGAACACACAAAUCGAUCAGGCCAAUCAUUGAACAAAGACAAACUAAUUGUCCUUCAUGUCAUGAUUCAAAAUUCAAUGCAGAACAAUGUACAAAAAAAAUCAGUCUACCAGAUGGAAAACGAUUAUUUUGUCAACAGUGUGGUUCAGUUGUAGACAGUAGUUAGUUGGACAAACUUGUCUACUACAUGCCUCUAACAUCAUCAUGGAGCAUGUUUAAGCAAAGGGAUGAAAAGACUUUUAUAAAAGCUUCAAAAUUUAUUGCACAAUUCACCCGAAUAGAUAAAUUUUCAAAGCAAUCCCUUCUCAUUUCAGAAAGUUUCGACCUAUAAAAUAAACUGUAUGUUAAUUUUAUUUAACGAUCUACAUAAUUGAGUCUGUAAUUUGUUCUGUUUGUAGUGUACGUUGAC